GACAGGCGUAAAGUUCAUGGGCGAACGUUUUCGGCUCGAUCCAAACACAACACAGUAGCCACGGCAGCUAGCGAGAGAGAGAAUCUGGAAAUAGAGAGAAGUAACGCCAAGUUAAGCCCUCACUUGCGAUAGUUAUAGUUCAGCAAAUAGAGGAGGUUUAGAGUUAUUACAUUGAUAAUUGAGCAAAAUACAAUGAGUUUCCCUGGUGCUCCUCCUAUUUAUGAUGAUGAAGAUGAUAAUGAUGAUGAAGUUUUCCUUGACGAGUCUGACAUCAUCCAUGAAGUUUCCAUGGACUAUGAAGAUCUUCCUGAUGCAGAUGAUGAUUCUGAAACCGAACAUGAGGAGCAUGAUGAUGAUUCUAUGCACAUUUUCACUGGUCAUACUGGGGAAUUAUACUCAGUUGCCUGCAGCCCAACAGAUGUGGCAUUGGUGGCUACAGGGGGUGGUGAUGACAGAGGAUUUCUCUGGAAGAUUGGCCAAGGAGAUUGGGCUUCUGAGCUUCAAGGUCACAAAGAUUCUGUAUCUAGUUUAGCUUUUAGCUAUGAUGGACAGUUUCUUGCAUCAGGAAGUUUAGAUGGAAUUGUUCAAGUCUGGGAUGCAUCUGGAAAUCUGAAAGGUGCACUGGAAGGUCCUGGAGGGGGCAUUGAGUGGCUUAGGUGGCAUCCAAGAGGACACAUACUAUUAGCUGGUUCUGAGGAUUCCACUGUUUGGAUGUGGAAUGCUGAUAAAGGGUCCUUUCUUAAUAUGUUUUCUGGUCAUGGUGGUAGUGUGACCUGUGGUGAUUUUACUCCUGAUGGGAAAAUAAUAUGUACUGGUUCUGACGAUGCAAGCUUGAGAAUAUGGAAUCCGAAAACUGGAGAAAAUAUUCAUGUUGUGCGGGGUCAUCCAUAUCAUGCUGAGGGAUUGACAUGUUUAGCAAUAAAUUCAACUUCGACUCUUGCUCUUACUGGUUCCAAGGAUGGAUCUGUCCAUAUUGUGAAUAUCACUUCAGGAAAAGUUAUUAAUACCCUGGCUUCUCAUUCAGAUUCCAUUGAGUGUGUUGGGUUCGCACCAAGUGAUUCAUGGGCUGCAGUUGGAGGCAUGGAUCAAAAACUGGUCAUCUGGGAUAUAGAGCAUUCCUUAUCCCGAGGCACUUGUGACCAUGAGGAUGGAGUAACAUGUUUGGCAUGGCUUGGUGCAUCGUAUGUGGCUACUGGAUGUGUGGAUGGAAAUGUGAGAAUAUGGGAUAGCCGGUCUGGUGAAUGUGUAAAAACAUUCAAGGGGCACUCUGAUCCCAUUCAAUCUCUCUCUGUGUCUGCUAAUCGGGAUUACCUUGUCUCGGCUUCACUUGAUCAUACAGCUCGUGUUUUUGAGAUUGAAGGGUUUCAGUAACCAUAGCCUCUUGUAUCAUUGUAUAUGAUACGAGGUCAUCAAUCAUCUAAGCAAGCCCCUUGUCUGCGCAUGCCUCUAUGCUUAUGUCCGUUUGGGGGUUAAUUUAUAGAAGCCAGAUUGUUAUUUUUAUGGUUGAAGUUAAAAACUGUUGUGGCAUAGGUUUUCAUGGACCGAGACAUUCUACAACAAAAAGUUAAAAAAAAAAUUAGUUUACUUUUCUUCUUUAAUGUUGAUUUUGAUGUUCACAUUCACACUAACUCAAAAAGAUUAGUGUGUUCAAUGGAGCUGGGAUUUAUUCGCUGCAGACCAUCUUGUUUACAAGCUAAUUCAUUACAAGGAAGCAAAUAAUG